AUGCUUCCCAAAUCCCUUUCGGAUCACAAUCCCGUUUUGUUGGUAGAAGAAUGCAAUAAUUGGGGCCCUAAGCCGUUUCGGUUCUAUAAUUACAUGCUUCAGGAAGAUGGGUUUGUUGGGGCGGUGGAAUCGUCAUUAUCAAAUCUAAGGAGGGGUAUUGGUGGUAGGGGUCUGUUCUCACUGCUUAGAGGAACUAAGCAGGCUAUUAGGAAUUGGCCAAGGAAUAAUCACAGGGGACUUUCCGAUGCUAUUUCUGAAUUAGAAUCCAGAAUUAAUGGUCUGGAAUUGAAGCUACAGGAAGAGGGGACUUCCUUUCAAGAACGGGACUUGAUGAUUGUUGCGAGGAAGGAGUUGUGGAAUUUGCAUAGGAAGGAGGAGAGCAUUUGGCUGCAGAGGUCACGAGUAGCUGAGGAAGUUAUUUCAGAACCGGAUCAGCUGAGAGGCUUUGUUUUUAAUUAUUUCAAGGACAAUUUUAACUCGAUGAUCAAAAGAAGCUACUUGAAGUUAGAUUCUCAGAACAGGAGGUGUGGGAGGCAGUCUUCCACUCGGACAGUGCCAAAGCACCGGGGCCAGACGGUUUCACAAUGGGUUUCUUUAAGAAAUUUUGGCCACUCUGAAGUCAUACAUUAUGAAAUUUGUCGAGGACUUUAUAAUGGAAGGAUUUGGGAGCACGGGGUCAAUCAUUCAUUCCUAACGUUGAUUCCAAAGACCAGAAAUCCUGAAGCUAGAAGGCUUGCGGCUGUUAUUAGUGUUCUGGUUAGUCCGUCACAGUUUGCCUUCAUUCCCGGAAGGCAGCUACUGGACUGUGUCUUCUUGGCUAAUGAAGUUAUUGAUGAUUGGAGGAAAAAAGAGAGGAAAGGUGUUUUCAAGGUGGACUUCGAAGGGCUUAUGAUUCGGUGGAAUGGCCGAUAUUGUUGA